CUGAUAUAUAUGUAAUUGUUUGAAAUUGUUUUAAAUGUAUAUGUACUUUUUUUAUGAUUUUAUGGAAAAUCCUUAGAUUUCCGCUGAAGUGAUUCAAAUUCACAAUGAACAAGGAGUCUAACUUACAUAAACGAGAAAGUAUGGGGGAUCAAAAUGGCGACAUUGCCGGUCAAUCAACUUCGGGUGACACGACAACACUGAUCAACACCAAUGUGGAAMAGUUGCCGUUUAACAAAACGUUUGUCUUACUUUGCACACAUUUGAAUGCAGCCCUAUACUCUGUGUGUUUCUGGAUACAGCUUGGAGUUUUGCCGUAUUUGUCCAAAAAGCUUGGUGCAGACCCUGUAGUAUUUGGUUACCUACAAACAACAUUUGCCAUUGUACAGCUCUGUGGGGGGCCAAUCUUUGGAAGAUUUGGGGAUGUGUUCGGUAGUCGAGCUGCGCUUGCCUUGGCAUUUUUUGCUUCAGCAUUAAGCUACGGUAUCCUUGGCAUGUCAACUUCUGUAACAAUGCUCUUCUUCUCAAGAUUACCUUCAAUWUUUAUGCAUUCAAUGCAAGGGUCUCAGAUGAUUGUUACAGACAUAUCAACUGAUACAGAACGUUCUGGCGCUCUUGGUAAACUAGGCGUGUCAUAUGCUAUUGGUAUGGUAAUAGGCCCCUUUCUUGGAGGUAUACUCACCAAGCAAUAUGGAUUGCAGUUUGCUGCAAUGUGCUCAUGCGUGUUGUCAUGCUGUAGUGUUGCUAUGGUAAUGCUGUUGCUACCAAGGAAUACUAAAGUGCACAGUCAYAAGGAAGUUCACACAGAAUCUUCUAAAUCAAAAGAAAGUGUAUUUGACUUUAGAAAAAUUCUAGCAAUGCUCAACAACCAUACAGUUUUAUACCUGGUUAUACUGAAAAUAACUUCAGCAAUUCCAUUUGGAAUCUUUCAAUCCAUGUUUGCCAUUGUUUCAAUGAAUUAUUUCAAGCUGGACCCACAGCAUAAUGGCUUUGUUCUAUCAUACGCCGGUACUCUAUCCAUUCUUGUUCAAGGGUUAGGUGUUGGUUAUUUAACAAAGAGGUUCAACGAAACAGAUCUUUUAAAGUGUUCUAUAGUAGCCAUUGCCUUUGCAUAUGCACUAAUGUUCAUGGUUACAGAUAUUUACCAGUUCUGUGCUGUUUUGGUUCCCUUGGUAACAGGAGGCACUAUUCUCACCRUAGUAACCACAUCAGCACUGACAAAAGCUGUCAAUAUCAAAGACACAGGYGURGUUUUGGGRCUUUCAAUGGCMUGYAACUCUCUAGUAAGAAGUCUUUCACCAACCCUAGGUGGAUAUCUCUUCAAAAUGUAUGGCUGGCCCAUAUUUGGAUUGUUUGGGUUCRUUGUAAAUUCUGCAAUAGCUAUUUAUUUGUUUAUAUUUGGAAGAGAAAACCUUCGUGGCCCUGAUAGAGAAUGUAUAAAUAAGUUUUAAAACUACAAAAUUGAGAGAAAUGACAAAUAUGUGUAUGUUAGUAUUGGAUCAUGUGAAAGUUUUAAAAAGUCUUUAGGGAAAAAAGUUAGYUUUCUUGUUGAUUCAUCAUACAUCAAAGGUCCACAAGGGCUCAACGUCGUGYAACAUGGGAGGUUGGACAUGGUUUAGAUAAAGUCUCCUUUCUCCUGACAACAGGUUUUGGCAAUAUUUUAAUGUGACAGCACCUUUUUACAUUUAUAAUUUAUUAUAGUUAAAUUUUACUUAGAAAUUAAAUUMGCAUCCCAAAUGGCUAUAAAUAAGGUUGUACGAACAAGGUAAAAAAUGCACAUAAUAUAUUAAUUAUUAAUUAAUACAUCUCAACUUUACAUUGUAAAUAGUCAAGUGACAAAUUUUAAAAAACUGUCAAAGUGUUUUUGUUCAAUAAAUAUGUUUAUAAACUGACCAUGUAUGUGUUUAAUUAUCUUUAUACAACUUUUCAGU